AUCUGGGUGUGGUGGAGGCGCGUCCAGGCAAGUGCUGAGCAGCUCCCGCCUGACAGGACAGAGGGCACCGAGCGGCGGAGCCGGGAGCCGGAGCCAGCAGCUGCGCAGGUUCUAACGAUCUUCAGCGGACGGACGGACGGACAGACGGCGCGUAUUAAUACGUUUUACCAACACGCACCAUGUCGGGGACCUACGACGAGUCCGUGGGGCUGGAAGUAUCCAGCGACAGCUUCUGGGAGGUUGGGAAUUACAAGCGCACGGUGAAGCGGAUCGACGACGGACACCGGCUGUGUAACGACUUAAUGAAUUGUCUUCACGAGCGGGCGAGGAUCGAGAAGGUGUACGCGCAGCAGCUCACAGAGUGGUCCAAGAGAUGGAAGCAGCUGGUAGAGAAGGGCCCGCAGUACGGCACGGUGGAGAAGGCCUGGAACGCCCUGAUGACGGAAGCCGAAAAAGUGAGCGAGCUGCACCUGGAAGUGAAAAACGCGUUAAUGAACGAGGACUUCGAGAAGAUCAAGAACUGGCAGAAGGAGGCUUUUCACAAGCAGAUGAUGGGCGGCUUCAAGGAGACCAAAGAGGCUGAAGACGGCUUCCGGAAAGCACAGAAGCCAUGGGCCAAAAAGCUGAAAGAGGUGGAAGCGUGUAAAAAGGCCUAUCACGUGGCCAGCAAAGAGGAGAAGCUGGCCAUCUCUCGGGAGACCAACAGCAAAGCGGACCCGGCCCUGAACCCCGAGCAGCUCAAGAAACUGCUGGACAAGGUGGAGAAAAGCAAGCAGGACACCCUGAAGACCAAAGAGAAGUACGAGAAGGCCCUGAAAGAUCUGGACAGCUCCACUCCGCAGUACAUGGAGAACAUGGAGCAGGUGUUUGAGCAGUGCCAGCAGUUUGAGGACAAGCGCCUGCGUUUCUUCCGGGAAGUGCUGCUGGAGGUCGAGAAACACCUGGAUUUGUCUGCCGUAAGCAGUUACGCCGCCAUCUACCGCGAUCUGGAAUAUUCCAUUAAGUCAGCGGACGCCGCAGAGGAUCUAAAAUGGUUCAAGAACAAUCAUGGUCCAGGGAUGUCCAUGAACUGGCCGCAGUUUGAGGUGAGGGAAUGGUCUGCGGAUCUGAAUCGUACGCUGAGCAGAAGAGAGAAGAAGAAGCCCGGGGAGGGGGUGACCCUGACGGGAAUCAGCCAGGCGGGCGAGCAGGCGUCGCUGCAGAACAAACACAGCAGCCACCUUAGCGUGCAGUCAUUGCAGUCCAGUAACAACCCCUUCGAGGACGAAGACGAGCCGGCAGAUAUCAUUGAGAAGGAGGACAUAAAAACCAAAAACGUCAGUAGCUACGAGAAAAGUUACCCCACGGAGUGGUCGGACGACGAGUCCAAUAACCCCUUCACGUCCUCCGAUGCCAACGGGGACAGUAACCCCUUCGACGAGGACGCCGCCCCCCCGGCCGGGCUGGAGGUCCGUGUGAGGGCGCUGUACGACUACGAGGGGCAGGAGCACGAUGAGUUAAGCUUUAAAGCCGGAGAAGAGCUGACUAAAAUCGAAGACGAGGAUGAGCAGGGAUGGUGCAAGGGCCGCCUGGACGGGGGUCAGGUCGGCUUAUACCCCGCCAACUACGUGGAGCCCGCCCAGUGAUGCCUGCCUGGGCUCCUCCCCCUGCCCCGCCCACAGCGCACGCAUAGUUAAAACAAAAAAGAAAA